AUGGAAGCCGAGUCUCCAAACCCUCUCGAGAGACAUCCAGACCAACCGAUGGAUUCGACAGGUCAACACCAGAUCGAGGUGAUACAGCAGCCGAUUCGAUUGCCCUGUGGCUUGGAAUUUACGAACCGAUUAGUCAAGGCUGCAAUGGCCCCUUGUCUUGCUAAAUCAGGCCAGCCGACUCCGGAACACCACAGGCUGUAUCACCAGUGGUCACAGGACCGAUUCGGUUUAUUAAUCACAGAAAAUGUACAAGUAUGUCCGCGCCAUCUAGCGACUCCAACAGAUGUGUCGAUACACCAAGCAUCCGAGAAAGAUCCAAUCCCGACGGGCUGGCAGGCAUGGGCGAAAGUGUGUCGUACGCCGACGUUGGUACAGCUUUCGCAUGCAGGCUUGCAAUCGCCUCGAGGAUGUGGAAGAUCUCUAGGGGAGAGGCCGAUCGGGCCGAGCGCGAUGCGAGUAUCUCUGGGCAAUCGACUCAUCGACCGAUUGGUCGCUUGGGCUCUCUUCGAUUAUGCCAGAGAGGCUUCCAAAGAAGACAUCGAUCGGACGAUUGAUCAAUUCCGUGCUGCCGCUCUGUUCUGUCACCGAGCCGGCUUUCAAGGGUAA